ACUCACGCCCUCCCGACUGCCUUCGCCAUCUGGAACAUGCUUUUGGCUCGCCUCACCGAGUGGGAACGCCACAUCUUCGUCGACGAUGAAACCUUCGUACGUUCCAUAACCUUCCUCUUGCACACCCAGGAGAGUGGUCCUACCGUCAAUGUACGCCUACGGGGUAGUUGGCCGGUUCCCUUUGCCGUGGACCGUCGUUUCACCCCGGAGAUUAAUGUCACGGCCUGGCCGGAUCCUAUCGAUCAGGAGGCACACCGUCGUCUUGCCACCGCUGCCAUGGUAGUGAUCAGUCUUCGCGGCGCCGGUCAGACACCGCCCAGUGGUCUGGCGGCAGAACGAGCCACUACUGUAGUCAAUCUCGCCGUGGAAUUCAUCCGCCUGCACAUACUCAAUGUGGAUGACCUCUUCACCAAGAUUAUCUCCACUUAUGCCCUUCAGGUGGCUGCCGGAGCAAACGCGCAAAACGAGCUCACUCAAGCUCUAAACCAGAUCGAACUUCGUCAACUGAGAGAGGAUCACGUCUACUACGCCAAUUACCGAAUUCCUGCCCCAAUGUGGGAAAUGGACCAAUCAGGUAGACGCAUCGAGAAUCCACGCAUGGAAUGGCCCAACGACGGUUACGGUGUAGUCUGCUCGGCGCUCAUGUUCCUCAUCAAACUGGAGACCAAUGCCUGGACUCCUGCCGUCGACGAAGCGUUGGAUAUGGUGCACUGGUUAACUUCUCAGAGAAAUCACGUAGCCGGCUUCACCAGCACUUUCGAUUCCCUGAUGGCCCUAUUUGCGCUGCGCAAAUUCGCCCUUGCCGACAAGAAUAGAGCUCUGUACAGAAUGGCCAUUAAUCAGAAGAUCAGUUCUCUGAACAACUGGGAACCACGCCUUUUCAUAGUCCCCGACAACUACUCAACGCUCGCCCAGACCUCGGUACGUAACAGAAAUAUUAAGCCUAUCACAAAUUCAUCCGCCCAUGCCCUUGUAUUGCCUAGCAGCGGAUAUUUUGUUGUACUUGGGGGGUGCAUCGAUUAA